GCGUCCAAAGAUCCGCGGCCCUUCGCCUCGAUCCCUCCACGUCCAGACGAAGCCCUCGAGGUCGCGACACCCCCACCUGGCCACCUCACCUCUCCAUUCCCUCGUCGCCCUCCCGAUAUAGCCGAGGCAGAGCACCAUCCCCUCGCACGCGACACCCACCUGCCACGAUGCUCGCCGCUCCCUCCGGGCAGAUGGCGCUCGGCUUCACGCGCCGCUCGCCCUCGCCUCUCCACUGCCGCCGCCUCCUCCCUAGGCGCCCCGCCGCCCUUCUCUCCCCCCGUCCGCCGGUGCGUAGCCGCCUCUUCCUCCGGUGCGCGGCCGCCGCCUCUCCGCCCCCGUCCGCCGACUCCGCGCUACAAUACCCAGUUCGCAGAAAGUGCUCUCCUUUACUUGAGAGUGCUCUAUUGCCUGCUGGAAGUGAUUCGACUGUGCAUGAAUGGAAGGCAGUUCCAGAUAUUUGGAGGACAGCAGCAGAAAAAUAUGCUGACCGCGUAGCUGUAAUAGAUCCUUAUCAUGAACCACCGUCAGAAUGGACUUAUAAACAGCUUGAACAAGAAAUAUUGGAUUUUUCUCAAGGUCUGAGGACCAUGGAAGUUGCUCCAAAUGAGAAGCUAGCUCUUUUUGCUGAUAACUCAAGUCGCUGGCUAGUUGCAGAUCAAGGGAUCAUGGCUAUUGGUGCUAUCAACGUUGUUAGGGGAACACGAUCUUCUGAUGAAGAAUUGUUUCAAAUAUACACUCACUCAGAAAGCAUUGCACUUGUUGUGGACAGUCCUCAAUUCUUUAACCGGCUUGCAGAAUCUUUCCUUUCAAGGAUUAAUCCAAGAUUCAUUGUGCUACUUUGGGGUGACAAAUCAUGCAUAGAUAGCAAAGCUGUGAAGGAUAUACCACUUUAUGACUACAAGGAUAUCUCUGAACUUGGACGAGAAAGCCGUAAUGCACUGCUUAGUUCGUGCCAGCAAGGGCAGCAUGAUAUCUUUGAAACUAUUACUCCUGAAGAUGUGGCAACACUAAUAUAUACUAGUGGAACAAGUGGCACACCAAAAGGAGUAAUGCUUACCCACCAAAAUCUCUUGCAUCAGAUAAAUAAUUUGUGGGACAUUGUACCGGCAGAACCUGGUGAUAGGUUCCUUAGCAUGCUGCCACCAUGGCAUGCGUAUGAGCGUGCCUGUGAGUACUUCAUCUUCACUUACGGAAUCCAACAAGUUUACACCACUGUGAAGUACUUGAAGGAAGAUUUGCAGCGUUACCAACCUCACUAUAUUAUAUCAGUACCCCUGGUCUAUGAAACUCUGUACAGUUCAAUUCACAGGCAGAUUUCUUCCGGUUCGGCUGCUCGAAAAAUUAUUGCUCUUUCACUUAUCAAGAUAAGUUUGCUAUAUAUGGAGGCAAAGAAGAUCUAUGAGGGAACAGUUUUAUCAAACAAUCCUGUUGAACCAUCAUUCAUUGUCUAUAUGGUCAAGUGGCUAUGGGCAAGAAUUGUUGCUGCAUUUCUGUGGCCUCUGCAUAAUCUGGCAAAGAUACUAGUCUACAAGAAAAUUCAUUCAGCAAUCGGGAUUUCAAAGGCUGGCAUUAGUGGCGGUGGAAGUCUUCCGAUGCAUGUUGAUAAGUUUUUUGAGGCCAUUGGCAUUAAAGUACAAAAUGGCUAUGGUCUAACAGAGACUUCUCCUGUGGUAGCUGCUAGACGACCACUCUGUAAUGUUCUUGGCACAGUUGGCCACCCAGUAAAGCAUACUGAAAUCAAGGUUGUCGACCUAGAAACUGGUGAGGUGCUCCCACAUGGUUCGAAGGGGAUUGUGAAAAUUAAAGGACCACAAGUAAUGAAGGGAUAUUAUAAGAACCCAUCUGCUACAAAUGAAGCACUGGAUCUAGAGGGUUGGUUCAACACUGGAGAUAUAGGUUGGAUUGCACCUCACCAUGCCGUAGGGCCAAGUCGGAGGUGUGGAGGGAUGGUUGUUCUUGAUGGGCGUGCGAAGGAUACAAUAGUUCUCUCUACAGGUGAAAAUGUUGAACCUGCUGAGAUCGAGGAAGCAGCCAGCAGAAGCAACUUGAUUCAUCAGAUAGUUGUGAUCGGACAAGAUCAACGCCGUCUUGGUGCUAUAAUUGUUCCCAACAGUGAUGAAGUUCUGGCAGAAGCAAAAAGAAAGUCCAUUCUUGAUGAUAAUGGCGAACUAGCUAAAGAUACGGUCAUGAACUUGCUAUAUGAUGAGCUGAAAACUUGGAUGGCUCAUUGCGCUUUCCGUAUUGGUCCAAUUGUAAUUGUUGAUGAACCAUUUACGAUCGACAGUGGUCUGAUGACACCCACCAUGAAAAUACGAAGGGACAAAGUGACAGCCAAAUAUCACAGAGAGAUCAACGCGUUGUACAAGUGAUCUGUAGUGUUCCUGCGUCGGUGCAGACAGUAGCUGUAAUAUGGCAUUAUAUUGAGAGGACAGUAGUGUCCUUCUCAGGAUUGAAAUUUCGCGAGGAGAAGAAAUAUCUAACUUUAGAAUUUUCUUUUUUCACUGA